AUGCCAAGCCUGCGCCAUGCGUUCUGGCGCUUCAUUCCCGAGUCGCGGUCUCGAAGGCGAUAUUUGUCAAAGUUUCCAGACGGCCUGGACAACUUCAUCCUUUCUUCUCCAUCUUACCUCGCCUGUACCGUCAAGAUGGAGAAAUACGAAGAUGUUGGCGACUACUAUGGGGAGGAGGUUGUGGACCAAGACAUCACCUCUGAAGACUGCUGGAAAGUCAUCAGUUCCUUCUUCGACAUUAAACAACUCGCCUCCAUGCAGAUCGACUCGUUCAAUCAUUUUAUGAGAUCUGGUUUACAGGAUCUGGUCAACGAAAAGGGAGGAGUCACGCUGGACCACGCGCAGAACGUCGAAGAUGAUGAUCCCAAUCCGAUUGUCAUCAAAAGGCACGAGGUCAAGUUCGGCAAAGUCACCCUCAGCAAGCCCAACAUGGUCGAAGGAGACGGCACCACGACAGACUGUAUGCCCCACGAAGCGCGGUUACGAAGUCUUACAUAUGCGAGUCCUGUCUAUGUCAAGAUGAGCAAGAAGACUUGGUACGCAAAAGAGAGACCGUGGGAUGACCAGAGCGCGGAUCAAGGUGUGAUGAGGGAUGACGGCUCCGAGCUCUUCUGGCGUGAAGGUUUCGAAGAGGGAGACGAAAAUCAAGAGGAAGAUGUCUACAUCGGGAAAAUCCCCAUCAUGGUUCGAAGCAUGACCUGCCAUUUGAAGGGUGAGAGGUUCCAAAGUGACAAGGAUCUCUUCGCGUGGGGAGAAUGUCCCUACGACCAAGGAGGGUAUUUCAUCAUCAACGGCAGUGAGAAGGUGCUCAUCGCUCAAGAGCGCAGUGCGGGAAACAUCGUACAGGUAUUUCAGAAAGCUGCGCCUGCGCCCUUCACCCAUCUCGCCGAAAUCAGAUCUGUCAUCGAUCGCGGCGCGCGGAUGAUGUCUCAGUGUACCGUCAAGCUCUUCCGCAGAGUCGACGGUCCUGACGGGACGAAGAUCGACAACCCUAUCCGAGUACAAUUGCCAUAUGUCAAGCAGGACAUACCACUUGUCAUUGUCUUUCGAGCAUUGGACAUCGUGUCUGAUGCCGAUAUUCUGGAAAAGAUCUGCUUUGACCAGAGCGACAAGGAGAUGCUCGAUAUGCUGAUGGGUUCUUUGCAAGAAGGCCAACCCAUCCAAAGCGCCGAUCUUGCCCGAGACUUCAUCGCGCGACGUGGCAAUAUCCCCACCCUCAAGAGCCAUGAACGACAGAAGCAUGCUAUAGAUAUUCUGCAGAAGGAGUUUCUGCCACACAUCGGACAAGGCCCCGAUGUUGCUACGAAGAAGGCUUUCUUCCUUGGCUACAUGGUGAACCGAUUACUGAAGGCCGCUCUUGGACGGGCUGAACCAGAUGACAGAGAUCAUCUCGGCAAGAAACGAUUGGACCUGGCCGGACCAUUAAUGACCAAUCUUUUCCGCCUGCAGUUCGACAAGGCGACUAAAGACUUCUUCCGAUACAUGCAGAAACGUGUCGAGGCUGGUCAGCCAAUCAGUAUACACGCAGGCUUCAAGCACCCGAUCAUCACAAGCGGCCUGAAAUACUCGCUGGCAACUGGUAAUUGGGGCGAUCAAAAGAAACUCGACAAGGCUAAGGCGGGUGUCUCUCAAGUGCUAAGUCGAUACACCUUUGCAUCUACUCUGUCGCAUCUUCGUCGUACCAAUGCACCAAUUGGUCGUGAAGGCAAAAUCGCUAAACCGCGUCAACUCCACAAUACUCAUUGGGGAUAUGUUUGUCCUGCAGAAACUCCAGAAGGUCAGGCUUGUGGUCUCGUCAAAAAUCUAUCAUUGAUGUCCAUGGUUACAAACUCGUACGAGACCGAACCAUUGAGAGCCUACGUCCUGAACAAGCACGUCGACGCCAUCGAAGAAUGGGAGCCUAGAUUGAACCCGCAGGCCACGAAGAUCUUCAUCGAUGGUGUGUGGUUUGCGGUGGUCCUGAGAGAUCCUAAACGACUUGUCGACGAUCUUCGCCGACUUCGAAGACAGGGCACUUUCGAUGCCCAAGUCAGCUUAGUCUGGGAUAUCAGAGAAAAGGAAUUCAGGAUUUCUGGAGACUCGGGCAGGAUCAUCCGUCCGCUUUUCGUCGUGGAGACCGAUAAGGCAUCCGAGAACGUUGGCAAUCUGGUUUUGAACAAGGAGCAUAUCAACAAGCUCGACCAAACCAAUUACUUGAAGGAAAGUGGUUACCAGUUCAACGAUGAGGUGAGCGCAUACGGAUGGGAUGACCUCCUCAAAGCCGGCGUCGUCGAGUAUUUGGACGCGGAAGAAGAAGAGACGGCUAUGAUUGUUAUGACGCCUGAAGUCCUCGCCGAUUCGAAGGCUAGGUGGCUUGGAAUGGAGAUUGAGAACUUUGACGAUCCACUCGGCAGAAACGAGCCACUCCUUACACCAAACUCGCACUCUUUCACACAUUGCGAAAUCCACCCAAGCAUGAUCCUAGGAGUCUGCGCCAGUAUCAUUCCAUUCCCUGACCACAACCAGUCGCCUCGUAAUACUUAUCAAUCCGCAAUGGGUAAACAAGCCAUGGGCGUUUUCCUGACCAAUUUUGACCAGCGCAUGGAAACAAUGGCCAACAUUCUUUACUAUCCUCAGAAGCCUUUGGCCAGAACCAUGGCAAUGGACUAUCUGAAGUUCAGAGAGCUUCCAGCGGGGCAGAAUGCCAUUGUCGCCAUCGCUUGUUACUCUGGUUACAAUCAAGAAGACUCUGUUAUAAUGAACCAGAGCUCAAUCGAUCGCGGUCUGUUCCGGUCGUUGUUCUACCGCGCGUACCAGGAUCAAGAGAAGAGCGUCGGGCAUGCUGUCGUCGAAUCGUUUGAGAAGCCUACGAGAGCCGACACCUUGAGACUAAAGCACGGCACAUACGACAAGAUCGACGAAGAUGGCAUUGUCGCGCCUGGUGUCCGUGUUAGUGGCGAAGAUAUCAUCAUGGGCAAAACCGCCCCAAUGGCCCCGGAUGCAGAAGAACUGGGUCAAAGACAAAAGCAGCAUGUCAAGCGCGAUGUCUCGACGCCACUUCGGUCUACCGAAUCAGGCAUUGUCGAUCAGGUCAUGCUGACGACGACCAACGACGGCCAUCGUUUCGCCAAAGUACGAGUGCGGACUACCAAAGUUCCUCAGAUCGGUGACAAGUUCGCAUCCCGUCAUGGUCAGAAAGGUACCAUCGGUAUCACAUACCGUCACGAGGACAUGCCUUUCACCAGAGAAGGCAUCGUACCAGACUUAAUCAUCAACCCGCACGCCAUUCCUUCUCGAAUGACAAUUGCCCAUUUGAUCGAAUGUCAGCUGUCCAAGGUCGCGACCUUGCGUGGAGAAGAAGGCGAUGCUACCCCGUUCACCAAAGUCACAGUCACUCAGAUCUCGGAUAUCCUGAGGAAGAUGGGUUACCAAUCUCGUGGGUUUGAAGUCAUGUACAACGGUCACACGGGCAAGAAACUCGUUGCACAAGUGUUUUUGGGUCCCACAUACUACCAGCGUCUCCGACACAUGGUCGACGACAAGAUCCACUCCCGUGCUCGUGGACCGACGCAGAUUUUGACGAGACAACCGGUGGAAGGUCGAGCACGGGACGGUGGUUUGCGUUUCGGAGAAAUGGAGCGCGAUUGCAUGAUUGCCCAUGGCGCCAGUUCCUUCUUGAAGGAACGUCUCUUUGACGUCUCGGAUCCCUUUAGGGUUCACGUGUGCGACAUCUGCGGCUUGAUGACGGUGAUUGCGAAAUUGAAAAAGAACACUUUUGAGUGCAAGAAUUGCAACAACAAGAACAAGAUCAGUCAGAUUUAUCUCCCCUACGCUGCGAAGCUGUUGUUCCAGGAACUGUGGAGCAUGAACAUCGCGGCUAGGUUGUACACCAAACGGAGUCGCUAG